GGAGCGGUGGCGGUGGCUGCGGCGGCGCAAGAGGCCGGGCCGGGCACCGAGCGUCCGACUGGCCGACGGACUCACGGGCGGGUCGCCGGGAGUCAUGGAGCGCAGCCCCGGGGCCAGGGGACGCGGGCCAGGGCGGGUUUCCCACUGCACGACAUGGAGACCUGUGGCUGUAAGGCUCCCGGGGGCUCAGCUUGGACUACGAUGGGGCUGGGUUGUAGCCUCCUAACGAGGCUCUUGUCUGGGGCAGUGACCUGGGAGGCUCCCUCCCCACUGCCCGUGUCUCAGAGUGCCCCCAUACCUCCUCUGCAUAGUGAGGCCAGACGUUGUUAUUGGCGGGUGCCCUGGAGGAGGCCUAGCGUGGGGCCUGGUGCCCGCCAUGAACGGCCUAUCAGUGAGUGAACUCUGCUGCCUCUUCUGCUGCCCACCAUGUCCUGGCCGCAUUGCCGCCAAGCUCGCCUUCUUGCCUCCAGAGCCCACCUACUCACUGGUGCCUGAACCUGAGCCAGGGCCUGGUGGGGCUGGGGCUGCACCCUCAGGGUCCCUACGGACCUCUGCAGGCACCCCUGGGCGUUGGAAGAUCCACCUGACAGAGCGUGCUGACUUCCAGUACAGCCAGCGUGAGCUGGACACCAUCGAGGUCUUCUUGACCAAGAGCGCCCGAGGAAACCGCAUCUCCUGCAUGUAUGUGCGCUGCGUGCCAGGUGCCAGGUACACGGUGCUCUUCUCGCAUGGCAACGCAGUGGACCUGGGCCAGAUGAGUAGCUUCUACAUCGGCCUGGGGACCCGCAUCAGCUGCAAUGUCUUCUCUUAUGACUACUCUGGCUAUGGUGUAAGCUCAGGCCGGCCCUCUGAGAAGAACCUCUACGCAGACAUUGAUGCUGCCUGGCAGGCCCUACGCACCAGGUAUGGCAUCAGUCCGGAUAGCAUCAUCCUGUAUGGGCAGAGCAUUGGCACAGUGCCCACGGUAGACCUGGCUUCGCGUUACGAGUGUGCUGCAGUGGUUCUGCACUCACCACUCACCUCGGGCAUGCGUGUUGCCUUCCCUGAUACCAAGAAGACCUACUGCUUUGAUGCAUUCCCCAACAUCGAGAAAGUGUCCAAGAUCACAUCCCCUGUGCUUAUCAUCCAUGGCACGGAGGACGAGGUGAUUGACUUCUCACAUGGGCUGGCGCUGUACGAGCGUUGUCCCAAGGCCGUGGAACCGCUGUGGGUGGAGGGCGCUGGGCACAACGACAUCGAGCUUUACAGCCAGUACCUGGAGCGCCUACGCCGCUUCAUUUCCCAGGAGCUGCCCAGCCAGUGUGCCUAGCAGCGGUCAGCACACCCACUGCACCAGGAUUUCAGCAAUAAGCUGGCCGCCAGACUUGUCGCACUGUGGCCUGGGAGCUGCAUGUGGCCUCCUGGGCGACCUGGGUCCCCCAGGCAGCGAGCAGGUGGCCAGGACCCCGCCCCGGCCCAGGGGCCAUGGACCAAUGUACAGGCGCAGAGCUACAUGCUCCUCGUUUUGGAAGCAAAAAGGCAAGAAAACAAAAAUUAAAGAUUUAAGAUUUCAGGGUUUCU